AUGGAGAUUACAAUAUUCGUUUACCUGACACACUCCGAUUUGAGAAGGAUUCAUCUCGCCAUGCCGUGGUCUCUUCAAAUUAUGCAAAUAGCAAUUUGUACAAUGAUGAUUGCGUGUCUGGAUUCAGGCUACGGAACUGAGGAGUGCUCUCCGCCUCCCGAUUACAAUAUUUCCAAGUUUUUGGGCAGCUUUACCAAUAUAUAUAACAAAUAUGCCACUCAUCCCGAACAGUUCUGCAUAUCAAAGACGCACUUGAGUUUCGGCCUCGUGAUGAGGGUGUGGUACUUGGAUCAAAACGACCGCACACUAACUACCCGGGACUUGUAUGAAUCCCUAAACAUCAGGGCGUACAGCGCCUCCGGAAUAGAAGACGGAGAGAGGGAGCUCAAUGCGUUAAUGGAAGAGACAGGCUGGCGUACUGUACUGGAAUAUGUGAGGGAGCCUAAUGGCAGCAACGAGGGAAUACCGCCGCAGGCUUUAGGACACGAACAUAAACAUUCCUUUCCGGAGGUGCAUUACGUCAAGCAGGGCACUUGUUCAUUUGACAUGCGGGACCCCCAAGACAUGUGGGUUCGCAUGGAAAUGGUGCCUGGAGACCACUUCGUCCUGCCUUCGAACUUAAAUCACAGAUUUAAUCCUACUUCGAUAAAGGAGGUGACCAUUAUCCUUCAAAUUGUUCCUGAAGACUACGUUAAUAUUACUGAAUUCAGAAAAGCCUAA